AUGUCUUGCUUCAUCUUCCUCGUCUUCGUCCUUCUCCUUCAAAUGGGCACUGCCCCCCUCGCCGCCGCCCUCAGUCUCCCAGAGCUUUCCCAAGCACCACCGCCGCCGGGGCAGCUGCUCCAUACCACCAUCCCGGGACUGCCAGGAUGGGGCGGCAAUGACACGACGUCGACGACGGGAGACGGGGAUGAGGUGCACUGGCUUCCGGGGCAGCCUGCGCCUACCAACGACGUGGUGUUCUCGUGGUGCCGGAAGGGGGUGAGCGGUUGUAAUAGGGCGGCGCUCAAGCAUGGGCGGUGCUAUGAUUUGAGCAUGUUGGAUGGCUCGAUUAGGGCGCAGUUGAGUAGCGUUGGGGCGCAAGAUGGGAGGUGCAUGCUGUUCCAAAACUACGACUGCAGCGGCGAGCACACGGCCAUGUUCUCCGGGCGAAGCCUCUGGACAAAGACCAUCUGCGCCACCAACUCCAAGAGCAAGAGCAAGAGCAAGAGCAGCAGGGUCAAGUGGAAUGCGCAGGCGGCGGCCGUGCGGUGCUGCGCCGGCGAGCCGGGGAGCGGGUGGUGUAACUUUGGGAUGAAGAAGCCGGAUCGGUGCACCAAGGGGUGA